AUAUAAUAAUAUAAUGUAUUAUGUCUUUUACAUUAACAGGUACCUGUAUUAAUUAUGCAGGAAAAUUUUGGGUUUUAUUUAGGAAGGAACAAAUCAGUGGCCGUCCGUAAAGCAGGGUUCAAUUUCCCUCACCCCCACUAUAUGUAGGCUCGGCUACUAGCCGCUGGAUGUGAGAGAGUGGCAGAAAUUGAACCUAUCUCAUAUGGUGUCGAAUUCUUCACCCAGGUGACUGAAACACUGUUGCCAAAUUCCCUUAAAUGAGUUAAUUACCCUGGGAAAGGUGGAAGUGGGGCACAUUGAUGUCCUUUAGUUGAAUGAUACAAAAGCAUAAAACGGUAAAGAAAUCAACUUUCAAUUUGGGAAAAUCCUGAUGACGGCGGGAUUACUGUUUACUGAGCAUCCGAGAUUUUGCCUGCAAUAAUUAAAUAUACUUUUAAAAACUCAAAUUUUACUGUCACAAAGCUUACACUGUAGCAAUAUUGUUGUAGGUCCAGACCUCCUCCUCACAAAGUAAUGUCUGGGAUAAACAUGUUGAUUUUUUUUUUACAUCAGCUAGAUAAGGAUUUUCUUAUCCUCUGCAGCAUUCCAACAAUGCUGUCAACGCAAGUUAUUUCCCUCUAAGGAUCAGAACUCUACAUAAAAAUGUACAAGUAGGUUGUUUCAGUUCAAGUUCAUACUUUGCCUUUUGGUGUCUUUUUUAAUCCUUAUUUUUAGGGGAAAAACUGGCGUCAACAAUGCAAGGUGAAAAAGAAGAUAUUGACAAUGCUGUUGCCGCUGCAAGAGAGGCCUUUAAAUCGUGGAGUAAGCUUCCUGGUCAUGUGCGUGCUCGUCAUUUAUACAGUAUAGCACGCCAUGUUCAAAAACAUGCACGUCUGAUAGCUGUUGUUGAGAGUAUGGACAAUGGAAAGCCCAUCAGGGAGACUAGAGAUGCUGAUGUGCAGAUUGUAGCCAGGCAUUUGUAUCAUCAUGCUGGCUGGGCUCAGCUGAUGGAUACUGAGAUGAAAGGUAUGUACAUCAAAUUGUUCUCAUUAUAAUAAUAUUACUGUACCCAAAAGAGAAAUCACAGCUAGUUUAAUAGCCUGUUAAGUUAUAGGAAACCUGUGACUGGGGUCAAUUUAAUAAUAUGUUUACAAGUGUAAAAUGAGUGAAAUAAUUUUCAACAAGAGAAAUUGUGCAUCUCCAAGCGGCCAUGUAAUGUUCUAUUUAUUGUUGUUAAUGUAAUGAAAUUUUACCUGUUGUUUAUAAUAAUAAUUUGAUAAUGUGUAUGGUUCAGUUUUUAACAUUUUGUUGUCUAAUUCCUGCUUAGACUGGAAACCUGUGGGUGUGGUUGGUGCCAUUGUUCCAUGGAAUUUCCCACUGAUGUUACUCUGUUGGAAAGUCUGCCCAGCUCUUGCUAUGGGUAACACAGUCGUACUUAAACCAGCCACUUACACUAGGUUGUCUGCCCUCCUUUUUGCCGAGAUUUGUGCUGAGGCAGGACUACCACCUGGUGUGUUUAAUGUUGUCACAGGAAAUGGUGCAUUUGGCAGUGCUCUUGCUGCACAUCCAGAUGUUGACAAAGUAGCUUUUACAGGAUCUACAGAGGUAUUGAUUUUGUACUUUUAUUCUUCAUCUUGUUUUUCUGUCUCUUUUUUAAAACUGCUGUCAAACCCUGUUAAUACAGGCACUGAGGGGGCCAUGGAAAGUGUCUGUAUUAGCAGGUUGUCUGUAUUAAGCGGGUUGAAUUUAGAGAAAAUGUAAGAGCUUUCUUUCCCCAGGGACAAAGCAAAACUGUCCAUGAUAAUGAGGUGUCCUUAUUAAGGGGGUUGCUGUAUAGUAGGGUUUAAGUGUACUUUAUUUAAGUGUUGAAUUUAGCUUGAAAGUAGUAUUUGUGGACACUGUCUUUACAUAUACAUCUAUUGUACUGCCAUGUCUCCAUGGUCAGUUGAGUCAUGCAAGACCUCCAUUCUUCAGUUUUUCAAGGCAAGCACGUUUUUAAAUUAAGAAUUUUUUAAAUGAUGAUUGUGAUAAAACAGUCAUUUGGAGUCAGCUUUUGUAUGUUCUGAAGAAUUAUGUGGAUCUCAGAGGACAUGUUGUCCAGCCUUGGCAGAUGACACUAACCGAGAUCUGCAUAACUUACACAGCGUCUGUCUAUCAAGUACAGUACUGGUACACAAAAAGUGUCAUUCAAAUAACAUGAUGAAAGUCCAAUAAUUUAGUGCACUGUCAAUGAUAACUUGGACUCUGUUCUUUAGUAAAAGUACUCUCAAUAAAGGAUAUCAUGUUUAUCUACCAGUAACCUGCGUUAUUGAUAAGUACAUGCAUAAUUAUUAUCUGCAUCUGCAUCUGUAGGUAGGGAAAGUCCUUCGCCGUUUGACGGCAGGAUCAGGCAAGAAGAUUUCUUUAGAACUUGGAGGCAAGUCACCUGUGGUGGUGUUUGACUCUGCUGAUUUGGACAGCACAGUGGAAGGCAUUGUAGAUGCCAUUUGGUUUAAUCAGGGACAAGUGAGUAUCUAAGUAGUACAUGUGUACCUAGAAUGCAGUCAUGGUUUUCACUCAAGGAGACUGAACCCAAUCAGUAAUUGCCAUAUUACUGUGUAAUAAGCAUAUGCAACUUCAUAACAGUCAGGGGUUUCAUUAAGGUUUGCUGCACAAAGGCAUGUGGAUUUGAUACCAUGUGACCCUAAACGUAUCAAUCAUGUGCAAUAAUGAGGCCCAGGGAUUAGGCAAGGAUUACUAGUUGCUCAUUGGCCGUUAUUGGUUGGUUUACUGAUAGUCAAUGGUUCCGCUUUUCUGAGGAACAUGUACAGUUUAUGUGUUUAAUCUUGAACUUUGCAUUUUAGGUUUGCAGUGCUGGUUCUCGGCUGAUUGUUCAGGAGACCUGUGCUAAGCGUUUGAUAGAAAAGAUCAAAGAGCGCAUGACACAUCUUCGACUGGGGCACUGCCUUGAUAAGGGUAUUGACAUGGGAGCAAUUGUUGACCCUUCCCAGAAGAAAUCCAUUGCUGCUUUUGUUGAAGAGGCCAAGAAGCAAGGAGCCGAAGUGUACCAAGCCUGUGCAUCAAUGCCGGCAGAGGGCUCAUAUUACCCACCUACUUUGAUCACAAAUGUACAGCCAGUGUCGAAGAUUGUGAUGGAGGAGGUACAAUGAGAUUCAAAAAUGAAUUUAUUUAUAAUAUCAAUUAUUUUGUGGCUAAAUCCGUGGGCAGGCGAGUGCAAGAGAAACCUGUGUUCUGAUUGGCCACCCGAGUGGGCGAGAUAGACCAAUCUUCAGUUGCUCGUGCGGGCUUUGCCGCGGUGAUCUCGCAAGAAAAAGCUUCUUUUUGGCCAAAUUAUAAAUCCUUUAUUGACCAAAAUUGACCGAUAGUAUUUUAUUUGCUCUGGUCAUGUGGGCAGUCUCUCUUUUUUCUCCUCGGUCUGCCGCCCUCGUUUUUCGCGUCUCGCGGCUUCGCCGCUCGCGAUCGCGUGCACUCCCCUUACUAAAUCUGAGAAAGAGAGAGACUGCUCGUAGGAUAUUUGACUCGUUCUUUUUUGUCGUUCUAUUGACCUCGACUUCUCGGUCCAUAAAAACGCAAAACUCGUGCCCGAUGUCCAGCCAUCUUGACCUCACGCUUGGUCAAUAAGCAUAAUGUUAUAUGGCUGGAAAUUUCUUUCCCAACCGCGCGCGCUCUCAUUGGUUACUUCGAGGUCACAUGACAUCUAACAAUAAAACCGUUUCCUAUCAAAAUCUCUGAGCUGGCAACAUUGCAAAAUCUAUGACGUCAGAGGGUAACAUUGCACCGUUACCCGCGAAUGUUGACCGACGACCGCCGUUACAGCGAGGUUUAAUGAAUUUUCAGCCAUAUAACAAGUGACUGGUCCCUCGGGAAACAGUUAAUUUUGUUUCCCUCGGGACCAUUCAUUAAGUGUUAAAUGUUAUAUCUCGCGGCCUGCGUGAAGGUUUGUAAAGGACCACCUCCCAUAAAUGACAAGCCACCCAAAGCAACAUUUUCCUCGUCAAAGCGAUAAAAUAGAAGUCUCUCGUAAACGACCAGCUCGCGACCAAUUUUUGGGGUGAGGGUUUCCGAAAAAUUUUCCUUUGUUAUAAUUACCCCUUGUAAGCAGUCACCUGACCGACGCAUCAGUCGUCUGAUCUCCAUGGUUCCCUUAUCUCCCCAGAGUAUAAUUUUGACGAAGUGGAACUACAGAAUGCUAUUAGGGAGAUUUAUAGUGACGUUUACGGCAAACGGCAAAUGUCUUAUUCACGUUAGGAAUUUCUCGAAAAUAAUAGAAAACGUGCAUUUAAGGAAGCUCGACUGGAUUUUUCUGGGGGGAUACCUCCCAAGUUUGAGCAUUAACUAUGUCGCCUGCCAUGAAUAAAGAUAUGGAAAAAAAAGUUACCAUAACUGUAUUAUAUAAAGAUGAAAAUUUCUUAUGAGUUGGGUUUUAUUGCAGUCGGAGUCGCCAUGGCAACGUAACGACGCCAUCACGUUUUUUAUUUAUCUUUGUGUUUCUCUAUACUAGGAGUUUUUUUAAGAAAUCGCUUAAAGGAGUUUGUACCUGCCUUAAUUGCCUCAAUUAUGGCAAAGUUUGAACAAACUCUGUGAGAGCGUUUUCGAAAUAUUUUGAAGCGAAGUUUUAAGCAUCAUAAAAACAGUGAAAUAGCAAGCUAUCCACACAAUUAGCUAAUGUUUUUAAGAAAAUGAUAAGCUCUAAAAACGCGGCUUCAUCUCAUAGUAGUUUGAUUCCAUUGAAAACUGUGUACAAAAAGAGAGGGGAAUUCCUCUGGGCGAUCGCUAGUAAGAAGAAUUUUAUUAACUUGCAUUCAGCUGCUUUUGUGACAGGUUUUGCACGUAAUUUGGUCCAUGCCUACAAAGCUCGCAUUUUUAAAAAAACCGCUCGAUAAAUUUUUUUAUAAAUUUGACAAUCCCGAGAUCAAUUGUCAAUAAAUAUACCCUGCAAGUUUCAAGAACAUUGAAAACAAGGAAGGCUUUUAAAUAGGGCCUCAAAUAUGACCAAUUUUUCCCCCAGAUUUUGUGUUUACAAGUGAGCGUCCUCAUUAUUCACUGGCAUUGUUUUCAGGUUUCAAAUGCACGUGCACAUUUGGCAAAAAGAAAUAAAUAUGCAUCAAAAAGAAUUCUCGAUUACUUUCGGAAGAAAUAUCCGGAAUAUGCUAAUAAUUGGCUUGUAUCACAGAUGGUCACAGAUAGCAGUGAGAGCCGAGAAGGUGAACGUCACGGCUCAUCUUGUAGGAUGCAACACUUAAUUAUCUUACUCAGGUUAUAAUAUCACAGAAACUCUUACAAAGAGUUGCUGUGAUGUUGUAAUUUAUCACUAAUUUCUUUACCCGGUUAUUAGCAUAUUCCGGAGAUUUAACGGAGGGUCCUUUUUGAUGCAAAUUCUAUCUUUUUGCUAAAUGUGCACGUGCACAUGAAACUUGAAAACAAUGCCAGUUAAUAAUGUGGACGCUCACUGGUAAACACAAAAUCUGGGGGAAAAAUUGGUUAUAUUUGAGGUCCUAUUUAAAAGCCUUUCCUGUUUUCAAUGUUCUUGAAACUUGCAGGGUAUAUUUAUUAACGAUUGAUCUCGGGAUUUUUAAAAUUAUAAAAAAAUUUAUCGAGCGGUUUUUUUAAAAAUGCGAAAUUUGUAGGCAUGGACCAAAUUACGAGCAAAAACUGUAACAAAAGCAGCUGAAUGCAAGUUAAUAAAAUUCUUCUUACUCGUGAUCGGCCAGAGCAAUUCCCCUCUUUGUUUUGUAGGCAGUUUUCAAAGGAAACAAACCACUAUGAGAUGAAGUUGCGUUUCCAAAGCUUAUCAUUUUCUUAAAAAAUCAGCUAAUUGAGUGGAUAGCAUGCUAUUUCACUGUUUAUAUGAUGCUUAAAACUUCGUUUCAAAAUAUUUCGAAAACGCUCUCAUAGGAUUUGUUCAAACUUUGCCAUAAUUGAGGCAAUUAUGGCAGGUACAAUCUCCUUUAAGCGAUUUCUUAAAAAAAAACUCCUGGUACAGAGAAACACAAAGAUAAAUAAAAAACGUGAUGGCGUCGUUACGUUGCCAUGGCGACUCCGAUUGCAAUAAAACCCAAAUCAUAAGAAAUUCUCAUCUUUAUGUAAUAAAUUUGUGGAAACCUUUUUUCCAUAUCUUUACUCAUGGCGACGUAAUUAAUGCUCAAACUUAGGAGGUAUCCCCCCCAAAAAAUCCAGUCGAGCCACCUUAAAACAGUCCAAAACAACUUCUUUAGACAAAACUAACGUGAAGCUACUAAUUUGGGGGUAGAAGUAAUGAGAAGUAUAACACAAGUUAAGGGAAAACGUUUUUAUGUCAUACAAAUUCACGCUUGCCGUAAAGGUGACUCUAAACCUCUCUAUUCGCCCCUUUGAGGUUGUGCAGGAGACCGGGUCGAGAUGGUUGUCAAGUGCAUUGUGGGACGGUUUUGUGGGACGCAUUUUCAACAUGGCGGCAAAUUUGUGCAACAGUCCCACAAUGCACUCUGACAACCAUCUCGACCCGGUCUUCCGCGCAAUCUCAAAGUGGCGAAUUAUCUUGAUCUCUUCUCGGAAGACACCCCCUGUCGUUUGGUUCGAUUCCGUUAACACUUAUGAAUGGAGUACAGUAUCUCAAAAUUUUAUUGCUGAUUGAUGUAUGAAUCUGAUUCUUUAUAUUUUACAAGGUGUUUGGCCCAGUACUGACCGUUCUCACGUUUAGAACAGCAAAAGAAGGAAUAGCUUUGGCCAACAACACCAAUUACGGGCUUGCAGGAAGUGUAUGGACUGAAAACCUGUCUCUUGCAUUAGAAGUAGCGUUGAGUAUCAAGGCUGGAUCAUUGUGGGUCAAUGGACACAAUAUGUUUGAUGCUGCAGCAGGUUUUGGAGGUUAUCGUGAGAGUGGAUUUGGUCGAGACGGUGGCAAAGAGGUGAGGAGUAAAUCACAGUCAUGCUCACAGGCUCACUCAUCUCGCAAAAUAACGCGUGAAACAGCUCGGGACGGCGGAAAAACAUGACCGAUGACUAAGUAAACUCUUCGCUCGAACUUUGCUAAAACAUUUGGGUUCAAAUCUCUAUUUUGGAAUAAAUUGUUGCCGCCUACUUCGGGACUGGCUGAACCCGAAAUACAUUAAGUAUUGUUGCUAAUGGAAAUUAAAAUGUUUCUCAAAUGUACAUAUUUUGCUUUCUGUAAGCUUUUCAGACACCAAUUUUGCUUCUGGCGGAGCUUUACCUAUACAGCUGUAUGUGAAGUUUAGCUUACAUCAGUGUGCAGCAAUAAGCAAACAAUAGCAACUUGAUUCGAUGAAAAGUGACGCGAUAUUGUCUUUGCAGGGAAUUAUUUUCUCCCCCUUUCAUUUUUUCCAAGGAAUUAUUUUCUGGUUUCCAGAAAAUGAAAAAAUUAACUUUCUUCCCCUUAAAGAAGGGGGGCUUAUUUGAGAGGGGGUGGGCUUGAUUUACGGUAAUAGAGAACUUUAGAUUCUAAGACGAGUACGACAACGAGUACGAGAUUUGAUUUAAAGCUUUUUCCCGUAUUCUCAAAAUAUAGACUCCCCAGAAAGCUUCAUUUUACCAUUUUUCACUACAAACAUAAGCACUGUCACCUGUAGUGAAGGAGGUUGCACCCUCUCGCGAUCGCAAAAUGAUAAACUUCUAACAGUUGAUUACUUGUUUUCACCACUUCGACAUUCUUGCAAAAACUCGUAGUAGAGUGACGACGGCUACCACUUUUUCCCGCCGAAAUGACGCUGGUUCACGCGCGAGCACUACUUAGUAUUGGGAAAAUCUCGCACUCGUUGUCGUACUCGUCUCAGUAUCUAAAGGUCUCUAAUGUGUACAUCAACCUAACUAAAAGAAACCUCAUAUGAUACAUUUGCUUUUAAAUUUCUAAUAUGACACAACCAUUUUCAAUAGUUCAGGUGUUUUUCUUUUGUUGCCUUUGUUUCCAGCAAAGAAUCUUGAUUCCUCAGAAUAUUUACAACCCAAAAAGGUGGAAAUAAUAUUAUCGUCCAAAAUAGCAUCACAAGAGCAAUAAUGUUUUUAUUCAGACUUGAUCGUUUUCAGUCCAAUUUUCCAACAAAAUUGAGUUUUAGGUUGUGUUCACACUACGCCGGAUAGCUUUUGCGGAUCAAUUUAGGUUUUUGGGAAACUGACCACCUAUCCCUCCGCUAAGCCAACAUUUUGCCCUAAACGAGACGUGAGUGUUAAUGUUGACUUAGGGGAGGGGUAGGUGGGCAGUUUCCCAGAAACCUAAAUAGAUACGCUUCUGCGCCGCCACGUCAGUAAAUCAUACCGGAUAGCGCUUCUGUUCAGACUCAAAAAUGGUUGUGGCGGCGCCAUUUCUGUGACCGAGCGAAGCUGCGCUGCUCUGAUCUGUAAAGCGGAGAGUCGCAUAUCGGAUAGGUGUUCAUACUAUACCGUGGGCUAGCUUUUCGUGUCGGCACGCAAAGCUAGCCCACGGUAUCAUAGUGUAAAUAUAGCUUUAGAAUUUGUUCUUGACAAUGGAUGUUAACCAUUGUUUUAACAGAAGGAAUUCUCCGUGAAUCCUUUAAGCUAGUAUUUGUUCCCAGCUUAAUUACGUGUACUAAAAUGUUAAAUUUUGGUGACAGGGCUUGUAUGAAUAUGUCUGCCCAUCAUGGCAAACCAGAGCACGGCCAUCUGUGGAGGACUAUGAUGUGAAGUCAUUUGGAUCGACUGUUCCUGCGAUAGUGAUGAAUCCAAAUUCCAAUCCUGUGAAACUCCCGGAAAUUGCAUCAGGAAACUUAGGCGAAAUUAAACCUCCAAGGUAAGAAAGAGGUCUUCUUAUGUUAUUGUUCCCUGUAUACAGUGACAUGGAAUUUAUACUUCUUAGUUAAUGAAGCUAGUAUAAGGUCUUUUAUCAAGGGAAGUCUUGCAGUCAGAGUUCAUGAAUACGGACACUCCUGCAAGUAUGCCAAGUGUGGGAAUCACCGAGAGGUGUGAAGUCUGUAUGUUUGUUUGUUGACGUAGAAAACUGCCCGUAAAACAGAGGCCUCAUUAAGGAAAGAUUCAAUUGUAAUUGGUAUGUACUAAGGCUUUAUUCGUUUACGGUGGUUACAAACCUGAGGAUUUUCGAUCGUACUCAUGAUGCGAGCCCAAAAACCUUGAACGCUUUGAUUUUUAAUGGGUCAAUUGUCUAUUCACCAAUCAGACUUGACUUGUUACACAGUGAAGUUAGCUUUCUUCAGGCGGUAGCAGUGACAACACUUGUAGUUUUUUCUUUCUUUUUUUUUUUUAGUAUUGAUCAUACUUACAAAGUUUACAUUGGAGGGGCUCAGAAGCGACCGGACGGAAACUACUCUCGACCCGUACAAAACCCCUCAGGGGAGGUGAUAGGACAAGUGGCUGACGGAAACAGAAAGGACAUCAGGGAUGCCGUGGAGGCCGCACAUAAAGCAGCACCAGGGUACGUGUAUUGUUAGGGAGUAGGAUGUUUAAGGUUUUUUUUUUUUACACUAUACCAGGGCGAUAGCUUUUCGUCAGUGCCGACACGAAAAGCUAUAGGUAACUGGCCAGAAAUUCUGGAGUUUAAAAUUAUAAGAUGAUUUUUUUAUCACCCCUUUCCUUAGUUGGGGCAAGAGAGCCGCCCACAACAGAGCUCAAAUUGUUUACUACAUGGCGGAAAAUUUAGAGCUGCGACGCAGUGAGUUUAGUCAGAGACUGUGCGAUAUGACAGGCUGCUCGCAGGAGGAGGCCAGCAAAGAAGUCGAUAUCGCAAUACAGCGGCUAUUUUACUGGGGUGCUUAUGCAGAUAAAUAUGGAGGUACUGUACAGGUAGGUGUGAGAAUAAACCAGCUAAAGUUAACAAGAAUACCGUGUUGGACGAAAUUUUUGCGGAGUUUAUUUUUGCGGAUUGGCGAUUUGUUGUGUCUUGCGUGGACCAAUUUUUGCGAUUAGGACAGAUUGGUUUUUCUUGCUGGGAAUUAAUUUUUGCAAUUUUCAGAAAUUACCCAGUAUCCAGCAUUGAUAAUAUUUCGUUUUCGUUAAAUACGUGCAAUAGAAUACAUACUCUCAAACAAUACUAUGGUAUGCGUACCCUAUGUAAAACCAGCAAUUCAUUGCAUACCGUUUUGUUUCUGAAUGAAAGAGGCACGAUUUCUUCCUAAUGUCUUGUGUCGCGAAUUUAAGGUAGAAAAUGUUAACUCUGGAGUAAAUUUUUGCGGGAAAAAUGUUUGCGGUAAUUUUUAUUCGCGGGAACUUAUUUUUGCAGAUCGCUUAUAAAUCGCAAAAAUCGCAAAACUUACGUGCCACACGGUGGGUACAAAAUGUAGGCAUUAAUUACAGUAGAUGGAAAAUGAUAGUCAGGUUGUUUAUAGUCUUGAAUGGGACUUAUGGACAGUGACUGAUGACAAACUGUUCGAUGGUCAUCUUGCGAGUUAAAUGUUCCUAAAAAUGACUACCGCGCGGGUUGUCAUUGGUCACUCUACACUAGUCCUUUUCAGGCCUACACCCACCCGGACAAUCAUAUCCCACUGACAUUUAUCAUGACUCCUGGGUUCAAACCACUCACUAAAACAAUGUAUACAGUUAAUUUGCAUUUGUAUUAACUUGAACAGUCGCUCAACUUGCCGACUUCCUGGAUUAACUCGCUAGCAUCUUUUCCCUGGGGUUUUUUGUAGGGGACACUCCCUUUCCGAAGUAGUUCAGGCAGCUGGUAUCAUUUAUCAGUAAUAGAUAGUCGGAAUUAGGGAUGGAAAACCCCCUCCAGCCAAAUUCCUGAAGAAUCCCCGCUGGGCGUCUUUUAUUCUUCUUUGGUACGUGGGGGUACGCUGAGAAUAAAACCCACUAAAAUACUUCAACCGUUUGCGAAGGCGUUCUCAACUUUCCAUAAUGUUAACUAGACAGUAGAAGGGCGAGUUUACCAAAGUGGUAUGCGGGUUGGUACGUUGCAAAAACAAGUUGAUCAUGGUCACGUGUUUGUGACAGGAAACUGUCUACUUGCCAUUUGGACUUUAAUGUUCUCCAAGCAUUUUUACAGGAGCCACUUUAAGGCCAUGUCUUAAGUAUCGAUUCUCCGCGAGAUUACGGUCAACUCUCUAAGAAGGACACCUUUGGGACCGGUUCUAAGUGUCCGUUUUCGAGAGAUGUCUGUCUUAUUGAGAAUAGGGAGUUUUAGCAUCGACGACGGCGACGGCAGAGAAAACGUCACUUUUAAAAUGAAUUGGCGUUUUUCCAAACUUUGUCGCGUUUAUUCUAGUUCGCUGAAAAUGUCUAUUGUAGGCAAAUUUCGUCGUCGCUUGUUUACAUCCUCCAUAAAACGUGAAAUUGGGCAUUUUCACGUCGUAGUCGUGCAGUAACGGCAAAGAAAUGGACGAAAAAAGCGUGAUGCACGUGCAAACUUAUUGUGUUGCUUAAUAAACCUAUUUCUGUUUUCCUGUUCUCGUUACCGUCGCUGUCGUCGUUGCUAAAACUCCCUAAUAAAGAUAGGCAGGGACCAACUCUAGUGUCCGUUUUACAGAGGUGUCCGGUGUAUUGUUUAUAAGUCUGUAGUUAAGGUACAUUUUAAUUUAAGGGAACCUCGUGAAUAUGGCACCAUGACCGAGUCUUAUGUGCAAAAUCUCAAAGCUGUUGCCCCUCGUUUAACCUUCACAUUAAAAGAUUCGUUUCCGACCGCGGCAGGAUUAGCUCAGUCGGUAGAGCUCUUGACUGCAGAGCGGGGCGGACCAACACUCAGGGUCUUAAAAUAACUGAGGAAAAUCAAGGUACUCCCUUUGCACUGCAAGCGGCUGGACGUACCUUUGCGUGACACGGACGACCACGUAAAAUGGCGGUCCCGUCUCCAGUAGGAGACGAAAAAAAUAGUGUCCUCAAUUAAUACUUUCCUGCUAAAUACAUUGACACUCAAAUAAAGCGCGUUUUUUUUAAACUCGCAGUAAUAUGUUUUGUUGGCUAACUAUGUACCUUUUCUUCUUGGCUUUUAUAUUUUCCUCUCUCUCCCCUCCCUAAGGAAACGCCGUUCUAUGGUGCUACAGUUAAGAUCCAUGAGCCUGUAGGGGUGAUAGGCAUUGCUUGUCCUGUGUGCACAGGGAAUGAUCGGAAACACAGUGAUGACGCGCCUGCAGUCAUCCGAGGUAACACUGUUGUUAUCGUACCAAGUCAGAAACAUCCCAUGAUUGCUGUGGAUAUGUACCAGGUACCAAUCAUGUCCAUUUUAUUUUCUGAGUUAUUCUGUGCGUUAUUACUGUUUUUUGAUUGUGGACCACUGAGUUCAAAAUUUUUCUGUGCUUUCAGGUGAUCAUAAUCGUUUUCUUCUUUAAUUAUGAGACCAUAAAUAAUAUGUUUAUUCGGCAACAAGAAAUUUAUUUUUUCGCGCAAUUAUAGAUUGAACAUAUUCUAUAAUCGAUUAUCGAUUAUAAUUAAUUUUUUUCGGCACACAAUUGUUUUGUAUGAAUACUCGAAUAAGGGCCCAUCCUAUGACCUAAAGUUUGAAACAUGCCUCUUCUUACUCGGCCUCUUUUCUUUUGAUAACCGACAAAGGCGGAGCACUAUGUUUUAAAAUCAUGUUUAAUCUUAAGCGGAGCAUUGUUUUAGAUCUUUUUACGAUCAUGUGGCUUUCUCGUUCACUGCAUCAUUGGGGAGCUUAAGCAGCAACGACGACAGUAAAAACAUCAUUGAAAAAUGAAUUUGCGUCCUUUCAAACUUUAUCGCGUCUAUUUGGAACCGCUCAAUUUGUCAAAUGUAGGUGACUUUUCCUGAAGUUGAAUUCUUAAGGACUUUAUCCAUCUUGAAAUAGAGAAAGGAAAAUUUGUCGUCGUAUGUCCACGUCCUCCAUAAAACGUUGCAUUAGGAGGUUUCACGUCGUAGUCGUGCAGUGGACGUCAAAGAAACGUACUAAGAAGGGUGAUGUACGUGCAGAGCUGUUGUUUUGCUCAUAAAACCAAGUGUUUUUUGACGCUGUCGUUGUCGUCGUCGUAGUUGCUUAAGCUCCCUAUUGCAGUACAAGUAACACGCGGUAAAAAGAAAAAGUAUUUUCUAAAAUAAUUAGCGUGGUCUAGCUCAUUCUGAAGCAUCCUGUGGAUGGUUCAGCUCCAACACUGAAAACAUGACCCGGCAGAUAUUCAAAAUCUGAUCCUCAAAAUUUAACAAAGAAUGUUUGCCGUGGAUUUAUUAAAUUGGCUGGCAGUUUCAGUUGUUACUUCUAAUCCCGAUGAUAAGUUGCCGAAAAGGAGGGUCGGAAUUACUAACACGUCUUCCAAUUUUUAAACUCAAAUUUGAACGCCGGAAAUAUUACCCUAUGCCUUAUAGGUGAUGUUACACGGAACGAUCCGCAACGAUGAUUUUUAGCGCAACACAGCGUUGCAAUGUUGGAGCAAUGUUGUAACCAUUCGAAACAAUGUCGCAUCAAUGUUGCCACGCUGCGUUGCGCUAAAAAUCGUCGUUGCGAAUCGUCAAGUGUAACAUCACCUUAUGUCGAACCGCGUUCAAACGACUGAGUUAGCGGUCCAUUUUGUCGCGCUUUUUGCGAUAACUGCAGAAUUUUAGGUUACCGUUUGUGUUAAAAAUUUUUUACAGUGUCUCCGGCAAGGUUCGUUCUUUCGUUCAAUGCGGAACAUUGCAUAUUUUUUCUCGCUUCCUUUCUGUAGAUUUUUGACACAUCGGACGUGCCCGGUGGUGUUGUAAACAUCGUCACAGGGGACCGCGAUCACCUCACUAAAUACCUGUCCGAACAUCAGGACGUUCAAGCCAUGUGGUACUUUGGCUCAGCGGAGGGAAGCAAAUUUGUGGAGUGGUCAUCAGCGGUCAACGUGAAACGUACCUUUGUAAACUACGGUCAGAGCCGAGACUGGCUUGACAACUCUCAGGGGCAGGGUGAGGAGUUUUUGUUCCACUCUACCGAAUGCAAGAACGUAUGGCUUCCGAUGGGAGACAUCUUUGCCAAUUAG